AUGCGAGCUAUAAAGUCCGCCUUCAACAAGAUCUCGCAUCCCAAACACCAACAACCCUCUUCUCCUGUCGCACCACCCGCAUCUACUCCUGCUCCUAUCGCCCAGUCAACCAUGGCCGCCCCUCUCACCCUCGCGAACAAAGUCGCCCUCGUCACGGGCUCCUCCCGCUCCAUCGGUGCCGCCAUCGCAAAGGAUCUCGCCUCCAAGGGCGCCUCCGUCAUAAUCAACUACGCCUCCUCCGCCUCCGCCGCAGACGAAGUCGUCAAGUCCAUCGAGACCGAAGGGCGCGGCAAGGCCGUGGCCGUCAAGGCCGACGUGUCGAGCAUCGCGGGCGCGCAGACGUUGUUGGACGGGACGCUCAAGGCGUUCGGGAAGCUUGAUAUUCUCGUGUUGAACGCGGGCAUUAUGGGGAAUGCGACGCUCGAGCAGCUCGAUGAGGACUUUUAUCAGAGGCAUAUGGACGCGAAUGUGAAGGGGCCGUUGUUCCUCACCAAGCUCGCCGCGCCGCAUCUCACGUCCGGUGGCCGCAUCGUCUUCUUCUCGACCUCCGUAACGCGCAUGUCGACCGUCUCAGCGCCCUACCUCGUCUACUCCGCCACCAAAGGCGCCGUCGAGCAGCUCUCGCGCGUCCUGGCGAAGGAGCUCGGUCCGAAGGGCAUCACCGUCAACACCGUCUCUCCAGGCCCGGUCAACACGCCGCUAUUCAACGACGGCAAGCCGCCGCAGGUCAUCGAGAUGAUCAAGAACAUGGCGCCGUUGAAGAGGCUGGGCGAGCCGGAGGAUAUUGCGCCGCUUGUGUCGUUCCUGGCGAGUGAGGAGGCCAGGUGGGUGAAUGGGCAGAAUAUUUUGUGCAAUGGCGGCUUCGUUGUAUAA